AUGCUCAAUGACGCAGCACACAAAAGGAAGAGAGAAGAAUCUAUCAAAAUUUUAUUAGACUCUUCCGAUGAUUUUAGUGAUGAUGAAACUGUUCAAGUCAUGCGUGAUGAUGAUGAAACUAAUCAAAAAACAAUUUCCUUUCGACAACUUAAGAAAAAGAAGGCUUUGAAUUUAGUUGAUGUUUUACCCAAUAAUAAUAAUUUAAAUAAUUUAAAUAAUUUAAAUAAUAUUAAUAUGAAUAUUAAUGAUGAUCGGGAUGGAGAACAAACCACAAUGAAGAAUGAAAAUGAUAAAUUUAAUAAUCGUGAGGAACAAUUGAAGAAAAUGUUAAAUGAAAAUACAACGGAGAGAAGGUUGAAAGAAUAUUUCUAUUCGAAAGGAUUGAAAGUGGACGAUUGUGUUGGUUCAGGAGGAUUUGGAUCUGUUUUUACAGUGUUGAUUGGUGAGAAUAGGAAGGCCAUUAAAUGUAUUACAAAUUCCUCUACUGUUAUUGGAUUUCAGGAAUUGGCAAAUUCAAUUCAAUUAGAUCAUGAACAUAUUGUAAAAGUUGAUGAUUUUCACAUUAUUGAGGGAAUGGUUUGUCUUGAAAUGGAAUUUAUGGAGAAGGGAUCUCUGGUUAGCUAUAAACGAAAGCUCACUGAUUCAAUGCUUAUUCAAAUUGUAGCUCAGGUUUGUGAUGCACUUUCAUAUAUUUCCAAAAAGAAUAUUUGUCAUAGAGAUAUCAAGCCAGGAAAUUUAUUGGUCAGAAGUAUUGAUUUUGAUUUGGAAAGUAUUCAGGUGGUUGUUGGAGAUUUUGGAUUAUCAUUUAGUCAAAAAUCAAUCAAAGAGGUGAACGAUGGAGGUACUCUUAGUUAUAUGGAUCCAAUUAUAUUUGAAUAUAUUGAGAAUUUGAAGAAAAUUAAACCUGAGGAAAGGAAGAAUUUACCACUUCCAUACGGUAUUGAUACAGAUUUGUAUUCGUUGGGUGUAACUAUUGAGCAGCUUGUUGGAAAUACUCCUACUGAUUUUAUUCGAAAGAUUGUUGAAACAUUGAAAAAUCCAAAUAGAAAAGAAAGAGUUAGUUUCAUGCACAAAAUGGCUGCCAUUUCACAAGCCUACACACAAGCAUUUAAAAAUCCAAACAAUUCAACAUUGUGGCACAAACAUUUGGAAGCUGCCAGCAUUCAUCCUUUCUGUAUGGAACUAUCUCCCUAUCAACAUAAGCAUUUUGUAUUGGAAGUCUUAAAGAGAAAUGGAAUAGCCAUUCAGUAUGUGUAUCCUGAAUAUAGAAAAGAUACAGAAGUUGUACUCCAAGCUUUACGUCAAAACGUUUGGGCAAUUACAACCAUUUCAGAAGAAUUGAAUCAAGAUCCUAAAUUAGAACAAGUGGUCAAACAAAAUUUGGGAUGGAUAAAACCUGAAAUUAGGAAUAGAUUCUCAAGAGGUGAGAAUAGACAUCGAGAUUUGGAUUUUUAUUUAAAUCUUGUCAAGUACAAUGAAGAAACAAUCAUAUUCAUACCAGAGGAAAUGAAGUGGAACAGAGAAUACUUAUUGAAGUUUGUAUCAGUUAAUGGAGCUUGUCUACAGUAUCUGAGAGAUUAUAUGAAUGAUUUGGAAUUUUUCAAGAUUGCUCUUCAAAAUAAUCUGCAAGUCAUUGAAUUCGCUCCACCAUCAAUAAGAGAUGAUUUGGAAAUUAUGAAUGAAAUUAUUGAGAAAGAUCCCGAACUGUUUAGCUAUGCGAGUGCAAGACUAAAGGGAAAUAGAGAUCUAGCUCUCAAAUCAGUAACCCUCAACCCGUACAGAAACUUUGGACAAAUUCACAAAGAUUUAAAAACAAACUCUCAGUUCCUUAUUGAUGUUAUCACUAACAACCCCUCUAUCAUUGAACAAACAGCAUGGUUUGAUCCUUCUCUACCAUUCUAUGAUGAAUUAGCCAGUCAGGCACUUUCUCUUGAUAGAGAUUUAUUCUUUAAACUUCCUUUCGAAAAGAGAAAGUCCAAAGCUAUUUUACGUGAAUUUUUCGAAACUGUUCUGGUAGACAUGGUUAUGAUUGAGGAAGUUGUUGACAUUCUAUCUGGUAGCACUUCUCUAGACGAAGAAGCUUUACAACAACUAAAAGAAAGAUAUUUGGAUGAUCAGCAAAAAGGAACCAUACGUAAGAUUCUUCUUUCUAUUCUCUCAGUGGAUAGAUACAAGAUUCCAAUGCCAUUCCUUAUUGAACUGUUUUCUGAAGAUAGGGAUUUUAUUGAAUCUGCUGUAGAGUAUGGACAAGAUUUCUUUCAGAUUGCUUGUAAUGAUUUAAAAUGUCAAGAUGAAUUUCUAGCUACAUGUAUUGAUAAGGGAGUCAAUGUUUCUCAAUUUCCAAAAGAGAAGAGGUCAGAUGCUGAACUUAUGAAACGUGCCAUCUUGAAGGAUCCAAAUAAUUUCAGACAUUUGGAUGAAAAUCUCAAGGAAUCAAUUGAAAUGAUACAAUUAUUGCUUUCUAAUUAUCCUAAACUAUUCAAUUUGAUACCAUCACAUCUUCAGUAUGAAAAGGAAAUUAUCAAAAUAGCCAUCCAAUGCGGAUACAGAAAUUACAAUAAUUUGGCUUCACAAGCAUUCACCGAUGAAAAUAUUCUCAAGCUUGAUGUGAAAGGAUUAUUGCCAUUUGUUUCACAGAACUAUUUACGAAAUCACUCUGAAUUUCUAUUGGAAUCUGUAAAAAUCACAAAUGAAAUCAAGUAUUUAGAUUUAUUACCAGAUCAUUACAAAGAUAAUGAGCAAGUCAUGAUAGAGUUUGUCAAAUAUAAUGGCCUUGCACUGGAAUAUUGCAGUCCUACAUUGAGAUCUACAAAAGAGUUUGUACAAGUAGCUGUCAAACAAAAUGAAAUGGCUCUGCAAUUUGCCUCACCUUCAUUGCAAGUUGACCAUUCUUUCAUUUGUGAAUUUUCAAUUUUUCAAGAAAUGAAUAGAAUGUAA